CCAUCAUCCUCCAUCAUGCAAUUGCGUCCACCACGUCAUAUGCAUGAUGCGUUGCGCCGCGUUCAUAGUAGUUCUGUCUCUUGCUCAUUGUUCUUUCCUCACUACUAUGGCGACCUCUGAGUCACAGCAUUGUUGCUCUUCCAGAUAUCCAAACGGAAAAAAAUGGCGAUACGACGUAUUCAUCGCCGCACCAGAUAUCGGUGACAUUCGUGUAAAUGUGUUCACAUUUGGUGCCAACACUGCUUGCUUGUAUCUAUUAGAUCUUGGCACGGGCGGUUAUAUCCAUGUCUGGGCUUCAACGAAGGAUCCCGAAAUGGACGACAUGUCAUUUCCAAGUCAUCGUUGCUGUCCGCGAGUGCAGGGGUGAUAUCGAUGGCUGAUAGGGGUAGUCCGGCGCAGGCUCAUGUUUUGGAUAAUGGGUGCCGGCAAGAUAUGAGCAGUACGGUCCAGGAAAAUAUGGGGUUGAAGCCUAAUAGUCGAUGCAAAAUAACUCAGUGACAACGUGUCUGGCAUUGUCGGCAGGAUAAUAUAGGAUGAGUUUGGCGGAGAGAAGGCAGGCUUUGGCGAAGAACGUCGAUUGUAGCCAUACGAGAGCGCGGGCGCCAAAAGUUUAAAAGCGUGCCCUCAAUCACCGAAGAAGGACGAGGGCAGCGAAGAUGGCGGACCAGUAGAGUUUGGUACGGUGGAGGGCGCGCGCUGCUGUAUGCACUGACU